UUCACUCUUAUGACAUCUAAUAUCCGCGUCAAAAAAUGGAAAGUGACAAAUAUUCACAAGUGACACUAAAACCAACUAAAUAUUACAAUCAAGUGGUGAAAAAAAUGAUAAAGGAUAAAUUUUUUUCUGAAAAAGAGCAAUUUAGAUCAGAUCUUAUAUAUUCCCAACCUCAAUGUUUUGCUCCACAUGUCGAUGUCACACGUGCAAAAUGUGGCUUUGGAAGAGGCGCUUUACCAAGAUUGAAAAAAGAACUGCAAAGCAAUAACCCCUUGGUUGUCAGAAGAGCGGUAACAACUAUAUCUGACCUUAUUUUUCGUCCAGAAGAACUCUUCUAUGCAAUUGAAUUACAAAUUCCAGAAAGACUCGCAAAUUUUCUAGAAUCGGACGAUUCUUAUUUGAGGGAGAGAGUAGGAAUGACAUUCAAAUCGAUUGCUGCUCAAUCAAUUGGGCGAGAUUUGAUUGUAAAAAACGUGACAAUUGUUCAAAAAUUUGCUCAAGGCUUACGAGAUCGUUUGGCUGCAGUUCGCAUUAGAAUGGCUGAAACUAUUGAGAUGUUAGCUCGUUCUUGGGUAGCAGCUGAGAAGCUUUGUACACUCGACUUUGUGGAUUUAAUUGCUGAUAUUAUCACUUUUGAGAAGAAAGAUAUACUGAUAAUUCACUUGGAAACUCUGCUGUCUCUCUUCAAUCUAGAUGUAAAAAAGCAUGCAAUUGAAAUUGGUGUUUUUGAAAAAUUAGUUUUGCUUUUAGAAAGAAAAGAUGAGAACAUUCUGACUGGAACAUUAGCCUGCUUGGCUAUGCUCUGUAGAGAGCAAUUGGGUAAAGCCAAAGCUUUAGAGAUGGAUCUUUUAUCAACUCUCAAAGAUAUGCUAAAUGACGAAAGACGUCCUAUACAUACGAAAGCAGUAAAUAUUAUAGCAUUCGUUACUAUAACUACUCCUGGCAAAUUAAGGGCUUUGGAAUUGCAAAUUAUGUCUAGGCUCCUUUAUUUAGUAUCGGAUCAUCAUAGUCAAGAAUUGCAACUUAUGGCUCUAAAGACUCUUACAAAUAUUGCUGAGGCACCUGAAGGUAGAAUGAAACUUCUAAAAGGACAUUUGGAAAACAUAAAGGAUAUAAAAACUUGUAACAACGAAGAUACCGAAAGACACAAACAAAUUCUUCUAGACGUAAUUCAAUGGAAACCAUAAAGAUAAAAAAAAGUUUUAUCAUAAUGGGAAUAUCAUAUGAAGCACAUAUCUUCCCUUAUUUUUGAAUUUGGCUAAAAAUUACAACAAAUUCUAUUUGUAGUUUUACAAAUCUAUUUUUGCCGUUGUCAGCAUAGAAGGAAGUCAAUUUAUGCAAGGUCAGUCGAGAUAAAGAGGUUUAAUGAACGGAUCUUGGAGUUUUCAUAUGGUUAAAGGAAAUUAAAAACUUCCCUAAAAAUAAUAUUCUGCCAAAAAUUGCAAUUACAUAAGUUGUUUAUAAUAAAGAGGAACCUAUAUUUUUUACGAGCUGCAAGCGAAGAAUUAAUGGUAUUUAAAUUAUAUAAGGAUGCGAGAGCAUGUGAUAUACAAAAAUAGCAUAUCAUUCCUAUACAUCUGGAAAGAAAUGUUUAUUAACUAUUUAUUAAUAGUUUAUAUAAUUCUGCCUUAUUCAGAAAAUUUUUAUAUUGUGUUACAAUGGGUCUGUGUCAACAA